UACAGGGAGAAGAGCAGGUAGCUAGGAGGUCCGUUUUAUCCCCUAUGAUUUAAUCAUGUGAGGGAUUGAAGAGCCUUUUUUUAUCAACAUGAAGUCGGAUUUUAUGAGGAGAUAGUUGAUACCGAGGCGCCGUGCGGGCUGAUGACCGGGAGGAAUGCACAGAGGAGGUCAUUUUCCCGGACUGGGGAGGUGGGAGGCAACGGCCCCCGCAGUGUUGUGAGAGUGAGGACUGUUAGAUAGCUAGAUAGCUUCCGCUUCGUAUUUUCAAAAUAAAAACAGCUCCGACAAGAACUGGAUUCUCUCGGUUGAAGUUCUGGAUAUUAACCCGCCACUAUUACACUCAACCGACUCACAAGCGAAGAUGUGAUGGAUGUAUGAGGAUAUUGCAAGGUUUUGUUGUAUUUAUUUGAUAAAUACGCAAUAUCAACAAACGCCCUGCUUUAUUUUGAAGGGGAAACUACUGUUUCCCGGCCCAACACGUGCUAACUUGAUACAUACAAGAAGGGGUGAAGUUACAAAGCCUCGAACCAAAACAAGACUUUACAUCCUGUGGUGGACAACGCCGCCUCGGUAUGAAUGGGAUCUACCUCGUCUUACUGUGUGUUUUUCGAGUCAAAUGCCUUUUAAACCGGAGGAACCCUCGUUUAUGUGAAUUUUGGAGCCCCGGCAGAAGAUACGGUUUGCUGUGAAAGAACAACAUGCACUGUCCAACACUGAUAAAUAAGAAGAAGCUCUUGUAGCUGGAGGAGGAUUGCCUGCCCUAACAUUUCCUCCUCCUGGCCCUCGUGGGAUCAUGACCGGACCCAACUCCCCGAGCCGGACUGGCACCUCACCGGCCAAGCUGAGCAGGCACGGCCGGUCCAAGAGCACCAGCUCGCACUGCCUCCUCCGCUGCAGCACCCAGGAGGACUCCUCCGCCUCUCCACCCAACAACAGCUCCCGGUCUCCUGGGGAGGAAGAGGAGAAGGAUGGAGGGGUGCUUUUCUAUGUGAACAGGACCGGUUUCCCCAUUGAGGGUGCCACCUGGGAGAGGAUGUGGUCCCAUGUGGCGGCUGUGCACCCUGAGGGCCACGAAAUGGUGGACAGGAUACGAAAUGCUGCAUACCUCCCCAAGCAUCCUGUUCCCUCAGUCCCGACCUUCAAACCGUCCAUGUCUGUCCCAGAUUGGCUGGUAGCCAUCCAGAACUACAUGAAGGCUCUGCAAUACAACCACACGGGAACCCAGUUCUUUGAGAUCAAGAAGAGCCGUCCACUGUGCGGGUUAAUGGAGACGGCAAGAGAGAUGAUCAGAGAGUCUUUGCCAAUUAAAUGUCUCGAAGCCGUCAUUUUGGGAAUCUACCUGACCAACGGGCUGACGUCUCUCGAGCGUUUCCCCAUCAGCUUUAAGACCCAGUUCUCGGGCCACUGCUUCCACCACGUGGUGCUGGGCGUCUACUGCAACGGACGCUACGGGUCGCUGGGCAUGAGCCGCCGCCAAGACCUGAUGGACAAACCACUGACGCACCGCACGCUGGGAGAACUGGUGGCCGAGUUCGAGAGCUCCUACAAGAGAUACCAGCACACUCUGAAGAAGGUGAAGAUCGGCCUGUAUGUGCCUCAUGACCCUCACGUCUUCCAGCCAAUCGAGUGGAAGCAUCUGGUGCUGAACGCGGCCCGACUGGGAGCUCAGGAGAUGAGGAAGGAGCUGGAGAAACACGGCCGCGACAUGAGGAUGAAGAUCCUGAAGUCGUCCAGCGCCCAGUCACCAAUCAAAGAGCGAAGCCGGGGGAAAUCCUUAUCACCACGGCGACGACAGAGCAGUCCCCAGCGACGCUUCACACACCGCAGAGACAAAUCGCCGGCCUCGGUGGAGAGGAAACCUCCGGAGCUCAGCACUCUCAACGACGGCUACCAGAUCCGCAUCUGAUCCACUACGCCACCCUCCGAGCAUCACCAGAUCCGUCCGGACUCUCCAGCCGCUCCGAUCCUCCUGAAGAGUCUCCACCUGCCAUCAGGACAGCCGUCACUGCAGCUGGAGUGGUUUCACACAGACAAGAUGGAUGAAAAACAGAGAAAAAAAACAAACAUACAAGCGCUUUUCUGAGCUGGAACAGGAAGAACUUCUUAGAAGCUGAGAUUCAGACAAAAAGUGACUGAUUGUUCUGGUUUAAAGACUUCAUGGUGGACUCCAUUUACCCAUUUAGUAGCUAAGAAUCCUUGACAACAAGGGUUAAGUUUAGGGUUAACCUAAACCUAAACCUCCAAAUCACACAGCUGAGAGUGGCUGUUCUUUCUUUCAGACAUGUAGCUGAAGGGCUCAUACGAUCAGAAGAAGAUAUCUAUUUCUAGAUUUACAACAAUUUUCAACAACUGGCUGUAAGAAAUUGAAGAGCGUAGAGAAGUGAAGAGAA